UUCAUGCAGGUGAACAGUGCAGCUCAAUACUGUUUGCUGCUGCUGCUCCUCCACCAUCACCCUCCUCCUGAUGUCCUCAGCUUUGUUUUAACGAGUGACGACACUGAUUCCACUGGACGUCUCCGGGUGCUUCAGGAGUCUUCUUCAUAAGAGACGAGAGGAAAAAGGAGAGAGGCCGGAGAUAAAGAAGAGAAAGAGCUGCAGUCUCUGGUCAGCUCAACAUAAUGUGAAUUUAUCCUUCUCCUUUGCCAACUCAACAAGUGUGAAGUCCAACUCUGCAAACGCCUCUCUGCACGCACGCACCAGAUUAUGGACCUAAGGAGCAGCAGACCCUGCAUGUGUUUUGAGUCACAUCCGGACCAGAGAACCGACCGGUGGCAGCAGCCAGGUCGCACUGCAGUGAUGUCAUCGCUCCUCCUCUUCCUCCUGCUCUUCCUCGUCCUCACCCCGGCCUCCAUGUUGGAGUUUCGUUACCACAACAACGGUGAGAUCGAGCAGUACCUCCUUCAGAUCAACGCCUCCAACCCCGACAUCACACACCUGUACAGCAUCGGCCAGUCUGUCAGAGGUCAGCAGUUGUGGGCGUUGGCUCUGGGUCUCAGUCCUCGCCGUCACACCGUUGGCAUCCCCGAAUUCAAAUAUGUGGCUAACAUGCAUGGAAACGAGGUUCUUGGCCGGGUGCUGCUGCUACAGUUAAUCGACGAUCUGGUGCGUGGUUACCGUAGCAACGAAACGUGGUCGUUGCAGUUACUGAACAGCACUCGCAUCCACAUCCUGCCGACGAUGAACCCCGACGGCUUCGACGCAUCGAACGCAGACUGCCUGUACGGCCAGGGCAGGGCCAACUAUAACGGCGUCGAUCUGAACAGGAACUUCCCCGAUGCUUUCGCUGGUCUCCGGAAUCAGCAGCAGCUGGAUGAGGAGAGGCGGGAGGCCGAGGUCAGAGCUGUGAUUGGCUGGUUGAGGACUGAGAGUUUUGUUCUGUCUGCCAACCUUCAUGGAGGAGCGCUGGUAGCCAGUUAUGCUUAUGACAACAGUAACGGAGGCAGCGAGCUAGUGGGCGGGUCCAGCGUCACCCCUGACGACGACGUGUUCGUUCACCUGGCCAAGGUGUACUCCCACAACCACGCCUCCAUGCGACAUGGCGACCGCUGCAAAGACAGCAGACCGUUCCUGGAGGGCGUCACCAACGGAUACCAGUGGUAUCCUCUGGCAGGUGGGAUGCAGGACUAUAACUAUGUGUGGGCUCAGUGUUUGGAGUUGACUCUGGAGGUUUCCUGCUGCAAGUUUCCUCCAGCCGAUCAGCUUCCUGCUCUGUGGACGGACAACAGGAAGUCUCUGCUGGCCUACAUCAAGCAGGUCCACCUGGGGGUCAAAGGUCGUGUGUUCAAUGGCUCCGGAGUGCCGGUCCAGAAUGCGGUGGUGGAGGUCAAAGGUCGCAGGAAUAUGUGUCCUUUCAGAACCGACCAACACGGAGAAUACUACAGAUUGCUGCUGCCUGGAAACUACAUCUUCACAGUGACGUACCCGGGUCACGAGGUUUUGACGGAGACACUUAACGUCCCUCAUGGUCCCGAUAACUACUCCGCCAUGAAACACGACUUCAUGUUACGCCACACCCCCUCUACGACUGGUCGCACCCCGGUUAACGCCACCCCUACCUGUAACCACACUUUACAACUGGAGGCAGGCGGAUCCGUCUCCAGGCCCAUGUGGACAGGGCUCGCUGUGGGGCUCGGCCUCCUGGCGACGCUACGAUCACUAAUCGUGUGAUGCGACCUGGUGCCCGGUGUGGCGGUCGUAGGUUUGAACCCUCAACCUGCAAGAAAUCAAAAAACAUGUGGUGCUCCAGAGGUUUCUGAGGGUUUACCACUCGCCACCAGCUUUGUCACCGGCGGCGCCGAAGUAUUCUAAUUUGAGGGCAAAGGGGUGAACCAGGGUGGAGUUUAAAGCCCUGCUCACGGCGGAAAGUUCAUAUGCUGGAAGCUUUGGGACGUAGCGACUCGCCGGGCUAAAAGGCCGUUUUCACAGAAGACAUUUUGACUGUGUCAUGGCUUACUGGGACACUUGAAUAGAUAUAUUAUAAAUCAAAAUAUCCGCUGUGUAAAAGGGCUACUGGUGAACUACUGUAGAUAGCGAGCUAACACGCCAGCAGACGGGAACAUUACGAGUGGCCAAACUAACUGGCUUUCUAACUAGCCAGCUUUUGUACCAGAACAAAUCAAGCAUUUGUUCUGUGUGACACUAAAACCACACAGUUUAUUCACAUUUGCAGGGUUAAUUGGCGAACUACUGUAGCAGCUAACACACUAGAGUUAACAGCUAAUACAGCCAACCCCCGUCCUAAAACGAGGAAGAACUCCAUAACAAAAAAUUAGGAUUUAAGGGAAAAGAUAAAGAAAGACCUCAGGAGAAUAAUAGCACAACUACACUGCCACUUUCCUGCAUUAUAGAGACAAGUUCUGCACAGGUGUAAACACGUUUUAGCCAGGAGUGAAUUGUAUUUAAAUGGAUAACAUUUUGUCUUCCCUACUGAAAUGUUCCAGCAUGUUAAGGGGGUGUGAAAACGCUCAUUAAGUGGUGAUGGAGCUAGACCAUGUAAUUUUAUAUGUGAGGAGGAGCACUUUAAAAUGAGCAGUUGCACUGACUGUUUUUAGAGAGGGUAGUUUUUAAACCACAGAGAAAAAGACAUUACAGAGCGAUGAAAUGAAGCAAUCCCUGGUGACGCCACACGUUAAUCAUAUAACUGAGGUGCGUUUGAUUUACGAGGAUUCAGACAGUCUUCAGACACGUCCAUACAGGCGGGUAAAUCAUCCCGCUUAGUCCAGUGGUUCCCAAUUUGAGGAUUGUCACCCCCCAUGUGGUGGCUAAAUUAAUCUGAGGGGGUCACAAGAUGAUUAACAGGAUAGGAAAUAAGAAAAAAAUCUAAUUUCUGCCACACAAAUUAUAACUUUUGUCUUAUUUUACUUGCUUUAUUGUGAAAUAUCACGUCUCUCAUGUCCAUUGCCAGUAAACGUCCAUAAAUCCACUUACAAAUCAUCGAACAAAUGGCUUCAGACUUGCCUGCGAAAUAUCACAUUUUUAAGUUUUCUUCAAUACUAGAGUAAUCCAGUGAUACUUUUCUAUACGUCCAUGGGUACACUGCAAACAGUAGCUUCUAAUAGAUAAUUUGGCACACUUUUAAUGGCUAAUUUGUCAAAAUAUAAAGAAAUUUAGGCUAAAAAUAAUGCAUUAUGGGAACUGUAGUUUCCAAACUUAGAGCAUGAUUAUCCCCUAAAUAGAAGUAAGACAAAAAAUAUUAAUAUAAACUUGUUUUGUGUUGUAUUAUCAAUAUUUUUUUAAUUUCUAUGUGUAUUAUAUGCAGCCAAAAAAGUUGGGAACCACUGGUUUAAAUGAAAAACCAGGACAACCUGAUGACUGGGAAUCAAACCUGUGGCCUCCAUGUGUGAGGUGAGACGGAUACAGUAUCUGUACACAGUAUAUAUAAAUAUAUUUAUGGUAUAUAUACAUACACAGAUGUGUAUCAAGUUCAGAGCAGCUCCAAUAACGAAACAACAGGUGUGAUGCCAGUUUUAACACAGAGGUCAGAGGUCAGUGAUCUCGUCCUGCGGCCUUCUGCACAUCUUUCUCCUCAUUUAAACUUAAUUUUUGCCAAAUAUCUUUUACACUUUUUCUACUUUUGUACUGAAUGAUAUUAAAUGUUUAUGCUUCACAUCAAAUCCUCGUUGCCAUGUUGUAACUGUCGUGACUGCAGGCUUCAGUCACACAUGAAACACCAGACCACAUGAAUGUUUUUUACAUUUCUGUUUCAUGUUUCAUUACACUGUAAAACGCCACAGUGGACCAACUUACUGAAUCCUACUGGAUCUGAAGUAAACUGGUUUCAAAGGAAACGUUUCAUUAAAAUAACAAAAAACUGACAGAUUGCUAUGUGUUAAUUAUGUUGAUGAUCAGCUCCUAACUUAAAUGUUAUCAUUUUUAAUUCA